CACUAUUAAUUUGUUAUUGUUUUGUUUAGCUUGACAUCCAAAUAUAAAAAACAAAACAAUUUUCUAAUAAAAAAUUAAGUUUAUUUAGUUAAAUUAAUUAAAUUCCGUAAAAUGGACGACUCCGAACACUCUGAAGGCACUGGAAUGCGUAUGUCACUACGGGAACGGCCGCGAAAGUUGCAUGCUGAACGUCGACUCCGUGAACGUGAUGAAUUAAAGUUUCUGGAUGAUUUCGAGCCAGAUAAAUCGAAUCGUGAAAAGCGUAAGCUUAAACGUAAACCACCUACUAACACCCGCAGUCUGUAUGAUGAGUAUGGUAAUAUACGCCACAAUGGCAUGGAUGUUUGUGAUUGCAUGGACGAUGAUUGUCCUGGCUGCUGGUAUGAUUGCGAAAAUUGUGGUUCGAACAAGUGUGGUGUACAGUGUCGAGUAAAUCGUAAAUUUUUCUAUGAAUCCAUAACAUUUGAUGGUAAAGAUGCAACAAUAAGAAAUAAACAUUUUCCAACUAAAUGAAAUUAAGGAAUUUAAAGGACUUAUUAUGAUUUAAUUUUACUUAUACGUUUAAAUUAAGAAUUAUACUUUUAUAUAAAUUAUACAAAAAAAGUCUUAAAAAUUAUACAAAUAAAUACAU